UCAUGUUGUGUUUGAUUUUAUUUUUACCUUCCAUCAAAACAAAAUAAAGCUUUUGAUUUCGCAAAAAAAACUAAUUAUAUCCGAUGUAAAAUGCUUCAAAAUUCCUCACUUUCGUCCGUCCUCAACGAGGAAAUCGCCUUGGAAGGACUGGAAGGAACCACCAUCGACACGCUAUGGAAUCAUUUGGCCAUUCGAUUGAAGAUGAAAAUGCCACUUCCGCAGAAGUUCUGCGACACAAUCUGGCCGAUGGUUGUGCAGCACAGGGAGUACAGCUUUUUCGAGCUGGAGGAACCCCGCAAACCGUUUGUCUACUUUGACCGGCUGGAACAUGUCGAUUUGGCAACCGGAGUGAUGAAGGAACCGAAAGAAUAUCCCGGGCAUCGGUUCAAAUAUAAUCCCGUCGUGACCGACGAUGGCGUACGAGGAUCCUGUGAGUGUUUUGCAACAAGAGUGAGCAUACCCCGGGAAGAGGUGAUGCGUAUGACUUGGCACGAGGUGGAGUACAGGUGGCCACAGAAAUUUGCUAUAGUCGCUUCGCAAAAAAUGCGCGAAUCUUUUAUUCAGCAUCAGAACUGCACCUACGACUUGACUAUUAUUCAGUACUGUAUGCUGGAGUGGAUCGCUCGUUCGCGUUUUAAUGGCGAAACGUCGCAGGGCAAAUACUCGCUGGUCGAGCUGACGAAAGAUUCCAGCAUUCUGUACUACAAUAGGAAGUUUCUGACAGACUGUAAACUUGUCACCCGACAAGCAUUUUGCCAGCGCACGGGCGAGACCAGCAUACAAGGAAUGAUCUAUCAUUUACCCCGCUAUUACAACGAAAUGAAACCGAAAACAUUGGUGAUCACGGAAAAAGUAGUUAAUAUUUUGAAGCAGCGUCCCGGUUAUAUCGCGGACUAUGACGAAAUCAAACACAUCGUUCUAGGUAGGGCAGAAGCACGCAAGUGGUUCCGCGGAAACGAAUUCACUAAGUACGUUAAAACCGACGAGGCGGUUCCUUACCGAACACUCUACCCGGACGCACAACCUCGCGAGUGGAAAUUGAAGAAUAAGAAAAAUGAAGAGAAACAGGUUCGUGUUAUGCGCCUGAUUGAUCCCAAUGCGGAUGUUUACGAUCUGUGGUACAAGGAAGAGGUUCCCGAUGAUGACCAGAAGGAUGGAAUUCUGAACUCCCAGAAGGCGUACAUUGAUAUGCCGGUGCUGCAGCAGGCUUACAAUGUGAUUGCAAAGAUGGGCGAACAGGGAAUCUCGCAGUCGUCACUGGCCGUCGAGAUGGGGGUCGAUAAGUUGAAUUCCAGAGCGAUAGUGAAAAAUUUGAUGCGACUAAAGGCGGUCGAGGGACAUGCUGUUGACGAAGGUCGCCAGCGGACAACUAAGUACUUCUUACCCGGUAUAUCACAGCGCAUGGUAACAUUUGACCGAGAAGCAAUCCAAUUGAUGAGCACUCAUUUAAAUGUAAUGGAACAACACUGUGCUACUUCGGGCAACAGUAGUGUUGCUAACAGUAGUGAGGCCGGUAGUAGCUUCGUCCAUCCUGUCAAUGUGCCGGAUGAUGACGAGUUGGACGAUAGGGGAAGCAGUGCAAAAAGCGGUGACGACAGUUCCAGUCUAUUUUGGGCAUCAAAAUCGGACAUGCUGGAUUCGAUCGAGGUGGAAAUUAAUAUUAGCAACGAUGUAGCGUUCAUGAAAAAGGCUCACGGCGGAAUAGCGGCGAUGAUGAGCACAAAACACAUCAGUGCGAAGGUGUUGAAGCGUUGCAAUUAUAUGCUGGAGCUGGUCAAGCAGUAUCAAGUAAUCGAGCCAAGAACGAUUCAGAAAAGAAUCAACCAGGACGAGAAGGCAGCCGGAUCAAAAGCUGAGGUAUGCCACAAAUCGGUGUUGCGAUUGCUGGGUAAACUGGCACUUGAUAAGUUUUUGAAGAUUGCGAACGUGAAGCUGACGAAAGAAGACAAAGUUUUAAAUAUAGCGUAUGCUUGCGAUAUGAAUGUGGAUAAGGAAAAUCCAAUUUUGAUGGCGAAGAUUGAGGCGGCCAAGACAAGACUGAUUAUGCAGACUCCAGCUCCUCGGCUAGCAAGAAAACAAUUGCUGGCUUGUGAACCCUUAGCCACGGGUUAUAGCUAUGACGGGACGCUAGCUAAGUGUCUUCGCAUGAAGCUGUUUCAUGAGUUUUUGUUUUAUGUGAUCUAUACGCAUUCGCCGGAGAGCGGACCUUUGCCGAAGGAAUCGCUUCGAGGAUUGGGUUUCGAAGAUGUUGGUGUGGAGAUUGGACAGGUCUAUAGUACGGAUGAAUGGAAGAUGUUUGUUGCUCCUUUAAAUAUGUACGAAAGUCACGGCCCCGGUUGGGUUUUGUUGACUGACAUAACACUUAGGUUACCGUUGUCGAUAUUUUGUAAAAUCUGUACAUUUGGGUUUUACACCAAAGAUCUCGAUUACUAUUUGGAUCAUCCGAUCAGACGACACAUGUUGAUCAAGCAGCUGCCUAAACAAAUUCGUCAGCAACUGUUUCGACAGCGUAAAUAUGUAUUUAACAUAUUCGAGUUGACACAGAAACUGUGCUAUGCAGGAUUGGUCCAAUUCGGGCCUCAAAGAAUGAAAGAUCGGGAUCAAACAUUUUUGUACUUAAAUAGACACGCUGCUCUUUUUGACACUCGAAGCUCCCGCAUAGGUUAUAACGAGAUCGAAGAUAAGGAAUAUCCUGUCAUUGGAUUCACCUUCGAUAGACAGGAAGAUUUGAGCCAUUAUUGGGAGAUGCUGUACAAGAUAGCAAUGGAAACUCGGCUGAAUAGGCGGAGCGUUGCGAUCGGAAAAGAGAUUCUUGUUCAGCAGAUAUCGGUCAAACCGGCAAUGAUCGAAGCUUGCAAAGCACGUACCCCGGAGCAGGCAUUCGAAAAUGAUAAAGAGCGGUUGCCACCGGGGGAUAAUCUUGGAGCAGCCGGUAUGGACACCGCCAUGUUUAUGCAUUUAAAGUCCAACUGGAGUAAGGUGAUGAACUAUGUGCCGGCGGCAUCUACUCAAGCGGCCAAAGUGAAACGGCUAAAGACUAUGAAAAAGAUCCUUACCAUGAGUAAGGAAAGAUCUGCAGCGGUACGGGUAGGAACAAGCAGAAAACCGCUUGCCGCUCCCAAGGAGAAGAAUCUAUGCUUAAAGGCUAAACUGACGGUGAAACCUUUCGCUUCCGCUUUUCGUAGAUACGGCGAAAGGAAAAAUGCCAUUAAAGUGCGUAAGAUUGAGGCGCGAGGGGUUCAGAAGAAAAAGAGGAAGACUUACUACGACCAGGUCGAUCGUCAGGCAUUAAUGCUAAUGAAGAAAUUACGCGUCGAUUGGAAUAGGAGUGAGGACGCUAUUUUACUGGCUUGUCGUGUGGCUGCGGAAUACAUAUACAAUGGUGCCCCGAGAGCUGGUUCCAUUAUCAACUCGGUACUGUACAGAGACAUCCUGCACUGGUCGGAUCCAAAGUCGGCUAACAAAACUGCUCGUUCGUGUCAGCGUAGAGUAUGCUACAUGAUCAAAGCAAAACAUGGAUGCGCCUCAACGUUGAAAUUGUGUGUCGAGGAAGCAAGACUUAACCCAAUACUGCAGAAGCAAUUCGGACUGAACUUGUUGGACCGGCUAAAAGAAAUAUAUCCCACACAUGAUGAACAAGUAAUGGCUCUCAAGGUCCUCUUUGUUGAGUUGGUGCACAUGAUUAGAACUAAUGUCGCUUCGAUUAAUGCGGAAAAUAUGCGACCGACGGUAAUCUCUGCUUAUGCCGAAAAACCUAUGAUUCCGGAUACGGUAUCCGAACUGCAACGACGCUUCAACAUUGUACACUCGCACAACGACAGUGAAGUUCUAAACUUUGGAAAAAAUCCAACGGAAACGGAACAAAUCAUUUUGUUCAAACUAACAACGCUGAUUCACAGUGCGGUCACCAACGUCAAGGAUAAAAGCACCUUUAACAUUCAGCUAUUUAACAUUUACAAAAACUAUUCCGAAAAACAUUUAUCCCAGGCCAUCCGAUUACUACGAGACUUCAAAAUGAUUACUCUCGCUCGUAGAAACAGAACCAAGACCGACACAAGCCCGAACAUCAUUACGGCCUGGGACAAUCCGUAUCGUGUGUCCGCUUCCUACAUGCACCAGACACUCACCAAUAUUCCAUUCGAAACGUUUAAAUACGUUCACGGUCACUAUUUAAGAUUGUUGGCUCGCCACGAUUACGUGGAACCCGUCACCUUCGAAGACGGUGGUCAAAGUGUGAUAUUACUCAUAGCCGAACUUCUCACCAUGGACAUGGUCGAUCUCGAAUUGGAAUCACCCAAAGAUUACGUGCAGAUGAACCCGGAACUGGAAAAAACUAACCCAGAACUCGCUGAUGCAUUUCCGGACGCCUUCGGUGAGUAUCCUUCUGACGCAGAACAAAACGUCCGCGUUAGACCGGCUUCCCGUAUCAAACAGGAACCGAAAUCCUCAACCAAAGUCCGCUUUGACACCGGCAGUGAGGUGUACUUCAACUACGUAAUGCAUCCGAUCGAGAAGCUAACGAAGAUUCCCGCCGAAUAUUUGCAUUUUUUCUGUCUGCUUAACAGCUGCAACGAACGAACACACCUACGAGCGUUCCAAAUCGAUGAAAGGUUUAACGUCUGCUCGCUGUCCGAUUGCAUUCUGCGAAACACAGAUCGACAUCUAAUUCCAAAGUGUAUUGCCAUCGCUCUUAACCGCCGGGAAGUAAUCGAAAGGAUUAAAAUGUCCAAGGUAUCACGAAUCGAACAUCUCCCCAAGUUGGUCGGUCGUCAGGAUGAUAUUGUCCCGUUUUUUACGAAAGCUGUUCAUGAGUACGGCAAAUCCCACGACGAUUGGCAGAAACGCGAUCUCGGCAAGAUCGCAGACGUUCUGCAGAGUCCAAUCAACAUGGUGAAUCUGACGGAGGAAAUCAUUCGAUUCGAAAAUGUGCGCGAUUUCAACUGGUUGGAUCGUUACGAAAUCACCCAACCAGAUGAGGAGGACACCAUCUUAGAAAUCGAUGCGGACACCAACGACACUGCAUUCAGCCGUGAACAAAGUACGCGAGAAGAGCUUAGCGAUAAGGUUUACAAGCUGCACAGCAGUUUAUAUGUGAUCGCGUACCUUAAAAUAAACCUUCGGCUAACCUACCCGGAUGCGACUCAGCUGCAGCAUCGUGUACACUACUGUGGCAGUCAAGUUCCGCGAAUAUUUCUGCCACCGAACUUUGAACGGCGUCAUGAAAUGCUCACCAGAGUAACCAGUGACGCGCUAUGGCCUCCACAGAAAGAACUUGCCCCACUGCUGGAGCAGGCUACUCCACUGAUCCAUCGCAACGUACGACUUUCCGCGCUGGCUAGUUUCAUAGAGGACAAGAAACAGGCAGGAGCAACGGUACCAGAGUUGACGGAACAGUUCCGUGAUCGACAGGAGCUGGCCACAGAUUUGUUAACAUUAUUAAAUUUCAAAUUUAUUCUGCGCACCGGUUCCCGAUACGUGACCUACGUUCACUGGCAGCAUGUGCAACCCUGGCUGCUUCGAACCAGUUGCGUUGUACAACCGGACGUGAAAAUUGUUAAGCAAGAACCGGAAACGUCCAGCGGUCGUAAACGGUCGCUCGAAGACGAUUCAUCCGAUCAAUGUGAGGAUGAAACUGAUGAGGAGCCUCCGCUCAAGACUCGUCGACAGGAAUUGGCACGUCAGAUUGAGCGAGCAGAAGAAAGGGAUAAAAAUAAACCGAUUAAGAAUCUACUGUUAUCACUGACUCCCUGGAUUAAGGUGGAUGGAGGCGUGAAUCGUCGGCUACUGUACCGUUGGCUUACCACUUUGUUGCUGUACUGUAUCUCUCAUCCAGGAGUGAUGCUAACCAUUAUUCAUGCCCGGUUUAAUUUAAUGGCCCCGGUACAUUUGAACUAUCUUCUGCAGAUUUUGGAAGAUUACGGUUGCCUCCGAAUGUUUGCAAUGGAAACACGAAAAAAGAAAACACUUUUUUCCAGCUAUCGUUCCGUAACAAUUCACUCCGCCAGCGAGCUAGACGACGAGAAGCAGUGCUACGUGGAGACGGCACCGAAUGCACUGACCCUGUUGGCUGCACUGAUAGGCGACUACACAAAGUUCCAGGAAGAUUUCCUUGUGCCCUCUAAAUCCGCCGAUCUACUAGAUGACUAA